AACGCGCCAAGGCGCAUGCGCAUAGCGUUUUCUUGUACCUCAUCUCUGUUCUACCUAGAGGAGCGACCCCGCAUCAGUCCCAGGCUGUAGUUCACCUGGAGCCGCGAGAAAACCCCUCAGAGGUUACGAGGCCAGGUCCUGCAAUGGGAUGUAGUCUCUGUCGGAUGAGCGAAACCAAGAGACAAACCCAGAGCGAGCGUCUGUUAAAACCUGUACAGUAGCAUCAGAUUUGCGCAGAGCCGGCAAGCCGUGGAAAGCAGCAGCUCUGCCGCCAAACCGAAAUGUCGGAUGUCACUUCACCAACUCCAGAACCUCCUCAAAUCGUCAACCCUCCGCCUCCAGAGGUGACGAACACCACUAAACCCGGCCGCAAGACCAAUCAGCUGCAGUACAUGCAGAAUGUCGUGGUCAAGACUCUGUGGAAGCAUCAGUUUGCAUGGCCGUUUUACCAGCCAGUCGAUGCUAUCAAACUCGGAUUGCCGGACUAUCACAAGAUAAUCAAGAAUCCGAUGGACAUGGGCACCAUCAAGAAAAGGCUGGAGAACGUAUACUACUGGAGUGCCAGCGAAUGUAUGCAAGACUUCAAUACAAUGUUUACCAACUGUUACAUCUACAACAAGCCAACAGAUGACAUCGUCUUAAUGGCACAAGCGUUGGAGAAGAUCUUCCUGCAGAAGGUUGCUCUGAUGCCCCAAGAGGAAGUUGAGUUGCUUCCUCCUGCCCCUAAAGCGAAAGGUCGCAAACCUGGACCAGGUCAGCAGGAGGGAACUGUGACUUCUGGCUCUCCGACUUCCCCAUUCCCUGAUGCCACGUCGCCGGAACCUCAGCUGCCAGUCAUCUCUCCUCCUGUGCCAGCUAUCACGCCCAGCACACCCGCUGUACAGAACACACCCACCACUCCCAUCAUGCCUGGCAUGCCACCCUCUCAACCCUUCGGCAAGAAGAAAGGGGUCAAGAGGAAAGCAGACACCACCACACCCACUACCUCUGCCAUCACGGCCAGCAGAAGCGAAUCGCCAAUACCCCUCUCCGAGAGCAAGCAGGCCAAAGUGGCAUUGCGGAGAGAAAGCACCGGGCGACCCAUCAAACCACCCAAGAAGGACUUGGACGACGGAGAAGCGGGUCAACCCGGGAGCAAACGAGGCCGGCUCACCGAGCACCUCAAACACUGCAGCACCAUCCUGAAAGAAAUGCUUUCAAAAAAGCACGCGGCAUACGCUUGGCCGUUUUACAAACCCGUUGAUGCUGAAGCACUCGAACUGCAUGACUACCAUGACAUCAUCAAACACCCUAUGGACUUAAGUACAGUCAAAAAAAAGAUGGACAGUCGGGAGUACCCAGAUGCACAGAGCUUCGCCACAGAUGUGCGAUUAAUGUUCUCAAAUUGUUAUAAGUACAACCCGCCUGACCAUGAGGUCGUCGCCAUGGCACGAAAACUACAGGACAUGUUUGAGAUGCGUUUCGCUAAGAUGCCAGACGAGCCGGCGGAGGUGAACGUGGCGGGCGCUGCCGCUGGAGCGGGCGUGGUCAGUAAAAGCACAGCGAGCAGUGAGAGCAGCGGUGACUCCUCUAGCUCGGACAGCUCCGACUCAGAGGAGGAGAGGGCCACGCGCCUCGCCGAGCUGCAGGAACAGGUGGGUGCGGAACAGCUGAAAGCCGUCCACGAGCAGCUAGCUGCUCUCUCACAGGCUCCCGUCACCAAACCAAAGAAGAAGAAAGAGAAGAAGGACAAGGACAAGAAAAAGAAAGACAACAAGCAGCUCAACAAAAGCAAGCUCGAGGAGGAUAAGAAGGCUAAGGCGGGGCAGCCUGCGAAACCGACCCAGCAGAAAAAGGCGCCAGCCAGGAAAGCCAACAGCACGGUCCCUGGCAACAGGCAAGCUAAGAAGGGAGCCAGAGGAGGACUAGGGUACGAGUCGGAGGACGAAGACGCGGCCCUUCCCAUGACGUACGACGAGAAGCGGCAGCUGAGUCUGGACAUUAACCGGCUGCCCGGAGAGAAGCUGGGCAGAGUGGUGCACAUCAUCCAGUCCCGGGAGCCUUCUCUGCGAGACUCCAACCCCGAUGAGAUCGAGAUCGAUUUCGAGACCCUCAAGCCCUCCACCCUGCGCGAGCUCGAGCGAUACGUCAAAACCUGUUUACAGAAGAAACAAAGGAGACCUUUACAGAAAGGUGGCACCGGCCCAGGUUCGGGUCCCUCCCGGCUCAGCGGCAGCAGCAGCUCUUCAGACUCGGGCAGCAGCAGCUCUAGCGGCUCUACUUCAGACAGCAGUGACUCCGACUGAUCCCCUUUUUUUAUUUUUCCCCACUUUUAAUUUCUUCUACUUUUUUAAUGUCAUAUGCAGUCGUGAUUGUUUCUCCAAGACUUUUUUAUAAGAGAGAGAAAAAUGAAAAUGCGUCAUGUCUGAACUUGAUUUUUUUUUUUUUUUUUUUUUUUUUUUCUAAAAAAUACCAGUACGGGAAAAAAUAUAUAUAUAAAAAAAAGGUAAAUUAAGCGAUUAUUUCCACCAAUUGUGUAAGGGUGUUUUAGAUCAGUCAAGCUAUAAGGAAAAACAUAAUUUUCUGAAGUUUUUGUGUGGAAAGAAAGUAAACUGAACCUUCCCAACCCGAUUGUAGAUGGGUUGAAAUUUAGAAGGGGCGGGGAGACAGAAACCAAUGGCAUCUCUGGGCAAAAAUGAAUAAAAUAAAAGCUCAUGGACAUUUUAUAUAUUUUUGAUGCUCACGAUUUAAAAAAUCGUCUCCUCUUUAAUGUGCGGGCUGUUUAUUUAUUUUUUAUUUUUUCCUUGAUUUCUUUACAGCUUAAUUUUUUCCCCAUAUUUGUCCCAUCAAUAGAUUUUUUUUUUCUUUUCUUUUCUUUAAAGGAACAUUCAGAAAAAUCUACAUUUUCUACAUCCGAAUCCUUCAGCAUUCAAGAUGCAAAAAGUAAUUUCUCAGUUAAAAACCUAAACUAUUGUGUUUUUGGCACCAACUCCAAGAUGACGGUGUGUGUGUGUGUUUGGAAUGGGGGGGGGAGUUUUCAAACACUCGACCUAUUGAGGUGCUAGUCUUCCUUCCUUCUAAACCACGUUCACGAGUGAAUGUUUCUCAGCCCUGUGUGAUUUUAGUGACAGCUCUGUCUCUUCACAUCUUAAUUAUUUUUCCAACAGAAAUCCAUGUACUUCAAACACUUAAAUGCUGUUAAAUAAUAAAUAACCCUUUAGGAAGUUUAGUGUCUUUUGGAAUGAUCAUGGAAUCGCAGAGUCUUCCUCCAGUCAUGCUCAAACAACAUUGAUCUUUGAAUGUAAGGCAAAAAGCAGGUGUUAAAUUACAUGUGUACAUUGUUAUAUGAAUAAAUGCUUGUUUAUUGCCCAG